AUGAUCGGAGCUCAAUUUCAUGUGACGGAUCGCUCAGCUGCCAUCCGUUCGAUCCCAAGCACUUGGCCUGCUGCUAGUUCUGCUUCUUCCUCCUCGCUCCACUUGGUCUUCACGGUUCGAUUAGGUUUCAGAACGACAAAACGGUGUCGUGGCCUCAAAUCGAUCGGCAUUACCUGCAACAACUCUUCCUCUCGUUCCAGAUCCAGCAAUGCCGAUCCCCACGAUUACGAUUAUCUCCAAGCUUCUCUCCUCCUCUCAGAAACUAUAUCUCACUACCGUAUGCAAAAGCGAGGGUUUAAAGAAGAGACGAAAUGGCAGUCCUCUGGUAAAUUGCGUCCCUUUUCAGCUCAAGCAAACCGAUCUCGAAACCUCUUUGAUACCUUAGGCCGAAACUUUCUCCAGCGUUUCCAAAAUCCCACGAUUUUUCUCAAGAUUUCUUGUGAUGGAGACUUUUUGCUUCCAAUUGUUGUAGGUGAAUUUGCCAUAGAAAAUCUCAUAGAUGCCCAAUGGGGAGAUGAGAAUGGGGACUCCCCUGAUCAAUUCCAGUUUGUGAGUAAUCUCGUCGACAAACUUGGUUAUCAAGUGAAUAUGGUGAGAAUUACAGAAAGAGUGAUGAGUACUUACUUUGCCGGAUUGUGUUUUAGCAAGCCAGGGGAAAACGAGGUUUUUAAUGUGGAUGCACGUCCGUCAGAUGCCAUAAAUGUUGCACAUAGAAGCAAGGUGCCCAUAUAUGUAAAUAAACAGAUUGUCUCAACUGAUGCUGUAAGAAUCAGUUAUGGGAUGGGCCGAGUGCGUGAUACAAAGUCUGCUUAUGAUGUAUCUCUUGACAGUGCUGCAGAUGGUCCUGAUUUUUUAAUUCAAGAACUUGAGUUGGUUAAUAAUAUCAGUUUAGCUAUUAAAGAGGAAAGAUAUAAAGAUGCAGCCAUGUGGAGAGACAAACUAAUCAAGCUUCGCAAGUCAAUUCAAGGGCCUUAA